UCCAGCCUUCAGUCCCCUUCGCCUUUCUCCACCGGUCACCUCACUUCUCCAACACAAACCCCCGAGAAGUGCCAGGAACACAAGGAGGAGAAGAAGAAAAGGAGAGGCAGGAGCAGAGUGAAAAAUGAAGCCAUCCUUCACACCAUCAAAAAAACCAGGAGGGUCAAAGCUAAUGACCGAGAGAGGAACAGGAUGCACAACCUCAACUCAGCUUUGGACGAGCUCAGGAGCAUCUUGCCCUGCUUCCCCGAUGACACCAAGCUGACCAAGAUCGAGACACUGAGAGUGGCCUAUAACUACAUCUGGGCGCUCUCUGAAACCCUGAGGUUGGCCGACCAGUGCAAAGACAAGCCUGAGAAAGAUAUGGUACACCCUGGUUACAUAAGUCCUUUAGCACCAUCCAGCCCUGGCAGUGAUGCUGGAUCCUGGAUGUCCACUGCCUCUCCCUCAUCAUCCUCAUUUUCUGUAUGCACCUCAAACCCAAGCAGCCCAGCUAUCUCUGAAGACUGUUACUAUGGGCAUACAGAGAGCCUCUUUUCACUUCACACCAUCCCACAACACCUUAUGCAGCACUCCUCCUGCUAUAUUCAUUACCAGUAG